AUGAGCGCCACUGAAGCAAUGUCCAAGCGGUCAUUGCUAGCCGUUAUUGCUGAUGAAGACUCUGUCACUGGUUUGCUUUUGGCGGGUGUGGGCCAGGUCUCCAAUGAGCCAGGCAAAGAGUCCAAUUUUCUCACCGUUGUUCCAGGUAAAACGUCCGUGGAGCAGGUGGAAGAAGCCUUUGAUAGGUUCACCACUGAGAGAGACGACAUUGCCAUUCUUUUGAUAAACCAGCAUAUUGCAGACUUGAUACGUUACAAGGUGGAUGGCUACACCAAUGCAUUUCCUGCCAUUCUAGAAAUCCCUUCAAAAGACCAUCCAUACGACCCAGAGAAGGAUUCUAUAUUGAAAAAAGUGAGACGUUUGUUUGGAGAAUAA